UUAGGCUCUACUAACUAUUAAAGCUGUACUGUAUUGGCGCUUGCACAGUUUUACUCUAUUAUUGUAUUCCAAAUCAUAUCCGAACACCUCCGGAAGAUUUAGCCUUUCUUAACUCAGUAAAACUUGCGUUGAAUGUAAACGCUCCCAUUUACAAGUCGGACAACAACGCCUGUAGCUGUGUGUGAGCUCAUUAAGGCACGGGAGGAAGAGCGAGAGAGAGAGCUGGGUGGAGGAGGAGGUGAUGGCGCGAGGGUGGGGUGACACCCUUUGCAACAAACCUGCCCACUGUAGCGAAGCUAGGGCACACGCAGACGCUGACGGGCCGUGAUGCUGCGCUGUUUGGGGAUAAAUGACUUCAGCUGGUGCAGUGGGGCUUCAAAGCAUGAGCAGACUGCGGACAGAGAGCAGGGAGCGCUCUCUCUCUCUCUCUCUCUCUCUCUCUCUCUCUCACACACACACACACACACACACAACGGGCUGCACACCUUACGAAUGAAGAUUUCUUCAACCCCAUAUUUUUGAUGGUUAAAAUAUAUAUUUUUUUCAUUCAGUUCACGGAGAAACACAGUUGGAAUGGAAUUUAAAGUUUGCUGAAACAGAAAGUAUUAAAAACUUUGGAUAAAUCGUGAAGGCUGUUUUUUUUAUUUUUUUUUUUAAAUGAAUCACGGACAUAGCAGGAUCCCCAUCAUGGAUGUUACACAGGAGGGGAUUAACCCAGCGACUCCAAGAGCCCUGCUACUGGCAUGUACGACUCUGCUGUUGUCCCUCCAGCUGUGGUGGUGGCUCCGGCAGCGGUCGAUCCGCUGUCCACCCGGUCCGAUCGCCUGGCCGAUCAUCGGGAACGCUGCGCAAGUUGGCAAGGCACCGCACUUGUAUUUUACGCGCAUGGCGAAGAAAUACGGCAACGUCUUCCAGAUCAAACUCGGCUGUCGGACCGUGGUCGUGCUCAACGGGGACUCCAUCAAACAGGCGCUGGUCAAGCAGGGAAUCGAAUUUGCCGGCAGACCGGACUUCACCUCAUUCCAGUAUGUCUCCAACGGGGACGGCCUCGCCUUUAACACUAUCACGGACUGGUGGAAGGUGCACCGCAAAGUGGCCCAAUCGACUGUUCGGAUGUUUUCCACCGGGAACCUCCACACCAAAAAGACAUUUGAGCACCACGUCCUCUGUGAAAUCGGAGAGCUGCUGAGGGUGUUUGUGGGGAAAACCGAGGCGCAGCAAUAUUUCCAGCCCAUGACAUAUCUGGUGGUGUCCACGGCCAACAUAAUGAGCGCGGUGUGCUUUGGGAAGAGGUACUCCUAUGAGGACGAGGAGUUUCGGCAAGUUGUAGGCAGGAAUGACCAGUUCACCCAGACGGUGGGGGCAGGGAGCAUAGUGGAUGUGAUGCCCUGGCUCCAGUACUUCCCAAAUCCCAUCAAAACCAUAUUUGACAACUUCAAGAAGCUCAACAUGGACUUCGGCGUUUUCGUUCGAAAUAAAGUUAUUGAACACAGAAAAACAAUCCAGUCAAGCACCAUCAGAGAUAUGACAGAUGCUUUUAUAGUGGCGCUGGACCAACUUAGUGAAAAAACAGGGCUCUCAUUCGGCAAGGACUACGUGAUCCCCACUGUUGGGGAUGUGUUUGGAGCAAGUCAAGACACACUGUCAACUGCGCUGCAGUGGAUCAUUCUCAUGCUUGUCAAGUAUCCUGAGAUGCAGCAACGUCUCCAGCAGGAGGUGGACAAAGUGGUUGACCGCAGCCGACUCCCCUCCAUCGAGGACCAGCCGCAGCUGCCUUACAUCAUGGCCUUCAUCUACGAGGUGAUGCGCUACACAAGCUUCAUUCCACUCACCAUCCCCCACUCCACCACCACAGACACCACCAUCAUGGGUUACACCGUCCCAAAGAACACACCCAUCUUCAUCAACCAAUGGUCCAUCAACCACGACCCAGCUUUGUGGUCUCAUCCAGAGACCUUCGAUCCCAAGCGUUUCCUGGACCAGAAUGGAGCGCUGAACAAGAACCUGACCAGCAAUGUCCUCAUCUUCUCCCUGGGAAAGCGGCGAUGCAUUGGUGAGGAGCUGUCCAAGCUGCAACUGUUCCUCUUCACAUCACUGAUUGCCCACCAGUGCCACAUCACGUCAGACCCAGCCAGGCCACCCAAACUGGACUGCAACUAUGGUCUGACUCUGAAACCUCACCCUUACCACAUAGCAUUGUCUCUGCGUGAAGACAUGAGGCUGCUGGAUGAGGCUACCAGGCAGACCCCCUGCUAAGGAGGUCAAGGGUGAGCCCACAUCUGACUCAUAAGCAAAAGCUUAAAAAAAUUAAAACUGUAGUAAGAACAGAAAUGAAGGCUGAAAUACAAAAAAAGACUAAUAAACAGUAGCUGAAGUUUGUGGGCUGAAAAAUAUAUUUAUAAGCUGAAAUCUCAGGGUAAUUUCUUAUCACUAAUUACUGACUCAUUUUUAAGUGUUAUUGUGCCAAGCGGGAACAGAUAAGCUUCUCUGUCACAGGAGAUGUGGCAUGGUCUCACACAACCUGAAGUUCAUCUGGGGUGAAUCUGGUGUCUUACAACAUCAGACACAGUUUGACAUACCACUUCGCAAUUAGCAUUUUUUUUUUAUUAUUCAUCAAGGUGGGGGACUGCAGCCUGCAACACAUCACAACUCCAACCAGACCUCACUACAGACAACACUGUGGUUACAGGAACAGCUGCUGUAACACACCCUUGUGACUUCAGUGUGAAUUUAAUUGCUGUAGGAAUUUACUGAAAAGUAGAAAUCAUUCAGCGUACAGGGGCACCAUAAUGUUAUUAUCUAUCUAUUAACAUUUUUUGAUUUCAGAAAAUAAAAUAAUUUUUUUUUUUAAAAAAAGCCAGCUUUACUGGUAUCACUUUAAUUUGGCCACCGUUUUCAUUCAUUUGAGUCACAUUUUUUCCUAAUUAGAAUUCCAAACCAUUUCUGAGGCAAUAUCAAACUUCCCAAAACAUACAAAAAAAUGUGACAUUUAAAGUAACGGCCUGACUGAUGCUGUGAUUCUGCAGAAAGAGAUGAAUAAGCUCAUGGAGUGCAUCAGCCCUGAAGCCUGAUGUCUAAAAUGUUCAGUACUAACAUGUAAUCUGUGAUGUAUAGUGUAAAUGCUUAGUUACUCAGGAAUAAGGUGUAUUGUAUACCAAAUACUAUUUAGAAUGCUUUUAAAAGCCAUCUAAUAUAUUCUGAAACCUACUGUAGAUGCUGUUUGGAAGGACAAGGCAAAGGAGCAUGAAAUGAUUACACCAAACAUAUCUGCUGCAUGUACUGUUUGUGUCUGUGAACUGCUGUCCAAUGCAUGUAUGAAAAGAUGGCUAUUAGAUCAGUGUUAUUGAGUCAUUUAUUUCUCUUGUUAUGUUACUCAUAAAGGUUUUUGUUUAAGCCUGAAUGGUGUAGAAUGCUGCUUUGUGGAAAACCUUUCACUCUGUAAUUUAAUUUCCAUGCUCAAAUGCCAGUAACCAAGUUAUUUAUCCUCUGUGUUGUUUUACUUACAGAAAUAUCCAUACUGUCAAAAUUAAUUCAUCUAAUUUCUGUCUAGGCAUGAGACUGAUGCACUGACUAUAAGGUCUUGGAUUUGUGCAUUUGCUUCCUACAAAGUAAUUUGGAAUAACAAGGAUAAUUUUUUAAAUAAAAAGUGACUUUAAGACCUGAAA